UCUUCGCUGGUACUAAGACUGUCUAAAAUAGCAGCAAGAAAGCAUGCCACCUAAGAGCCAGCGGGGGGACGAGAAUAAUUGCUUCCUUUAAUCUGGACUGUGGGACAAUUUUAUAAAGUUUCAGAAAUGUUUAGUGUAAUGUACUUUCUUCGGAGCUUCUUCAAGACCCCAGAACUUAAUGAAGACACUGAAAAUAAAGUAGAAUUUAAUGAAGACAUCAGUGCCAACCAGUGUACGCUUGAGUUUGGUUCUUUCAGUCAGGACCAAGAUGAAGAUUACUUUGAAGCGAGAUCGUACUUCAGUGAUAGUCCCUCUGAAUUAAAAAGUGAAGUAUUUGAAAGCAUCUCCGACAUUGACUCUGUUUCUAGUGAUGCGACAGAAGAACUGAACAGAAGGACAGAUUGCAUUUUAUUAGAUAAGGAGGAAUAUGUGGAUUCAAAUUUUACUAAACUUCAAGGUGGCAUUUAUUCAAACAACACACAGUUCUCAAAAGAAAUCAUAAGCAGCCAAGAAGAUCCGACCGAGGCCUCUUCCUGUUUACAAACACAUCCCCCGUCUCCUCACAAAAACCUGACAUCUGAGCUGCAUACUGUAGAUAAAAAUAAGAAGAGUCUAUGGACUCCUAAUUUAAAUUUAGGGGAAGAUACGGAUAAUAACAAUGUACCGUUCAAUGGGUUACAACACAGUGUGACAGUCAUUGAGGAGGGCCCUAGAGGUUUGUUGGUUUCCACAGAAAUCAGGAAAAAUACAAAAAGGAGAGUCAAUGUUAUCUCCCAGUCAGAAGGUUGCCUAAGUUGUGCGAGAUCAGACACAACUAUUGUUGCCACUCACCAAAGUUUGCCUAAUAUCCAUAAGGACACUGCAGUAGUGCAUGAAAAACAUGGUGCAAAUAGGGGAGAGAUAAGUACUGCAAUAAAGACAUUCUCUAAAAAAAGUCAUAAUCUGGACACAACUUCUGUCUGUGUAGAGCAGUCCAAUGUAAAUUCAAUGAGGAAUCCAUCAGAAACACCAACUCAGGUUGAUGAGGCUAAUCUUUAUCAAGAAGACUGUGGUCAUAGUUCCCAUCAACACUGGGAACAAGCUACAGUAUUUAAUGGAUAUAAACCAGUACAAAACCCACACAAUAGUUCUCUUGAUGAUGAUAGUACAAACAUAGGGUCCGGAUCUUCGGAACCCAACCUAUGUAAAGACAGAGGAAAUAGAUUUCUGGUUAUAUUAAACUCAACAGAAGCAAAUAAGAGCAACUAUACAGCAAAAUCAUAUAAAAAGCCAAAUGUGCCUGAACACAGCAUAGAUGAGGCAAAAAACUCAGUAGCUGGAAAUAACAACACACCGAAUCACAUAACCAUCAAAGAGGCCUCCCAUCAAGAGUGUGAUACCACCAAUAAUUCUUCUAACAAAGGUAGUCUUAUUAUAUUAUCCAUUGAACGGACAGAUGCUCAGGCAACAAGGAACACACCCAAUGAUGUCUAUUCUAUAGAAGAACACCAAUGUAUACAGCCUAGUUCUGAUCAAUCAUAUAAUUCACCUGAAAAAAGUCAAAUAUUAAUUUAUGAGUUCCCUAGAGAAAAUUUCCCCGAAGACACACAUAUUAAUAAAGAUGUAGUCAAUGAAAAUAAUACUGAUGACCCUGAGGAAAACAAUUCAUCUGAAGGUAACCUAGGUAUGAAGGUCUCGCCUGAAAUGAAUACUGAUAAUAUGGCUAUUAAAACAAGCAAAGUUAAACAAGGUUGUCAAAUGCAGGACAAGGAACCAGACAACCAUAAUGCACAAACAUAUAAAGAAGAAAAUAAUAGUCUGGUUUCAGAGAUGAACGACAUGGAGUCUGCUAAUGUAUGUGAUUUUGAUAAAGAAUCCAACAUUGGACAAACUGACUUGUCAAAUUAUGUCAAAAGGCUGGAUGAUGAACAGAGUGAAGAAAGUACAGAUAGCUCAGAGCAUCAAGCAUUCAGUUUCUCAGAUGAUGAUGAUGAUGAGGAUGACAUAGAAUAUAACAGUUUACAAAGGCUAGAAGGUAAAAAUGAGGACACCUUAGGUCAUAUACAAGACUCUGUUCUUGAAGGGAGCACGAAAAACAUGGACAUGGGUGUAGAGGAUGUAGAUGAUGAAAACACCUACUGUAGUAGCAAUUGCACGGAAAGUGAAGACUGUCAACAAUGUAAAGAUGUUAAUGGUACUAACCGUGAGAUGGAAGAAAACACAAAUUUGGAGUUGCCGACUAUUUUAGAGGUUCCGCCCAAAAGCAAUAAACCGGCACAGUCAGAAAGUGAUACAAACGUAGACAAUAAUGGUGGAAAGAUGGUGAAUAAUACAGAAAACCAGCAAUACCACUCUCUUAAACCUCUGCAUCUAAGCAGCGAGCAGAUAGCCAAUCUAUGUAACGAUGAGCACUCUCCAGACUUGUCUGAUGAAGAUCUGUGCGAAAGCAGCUUUCUCUAUAACAGGAGUAUGAGAAAGGCUUCAGGACCAGGAAGGAUUGACAUAGACAAUUUUACUCGAUUCAGAAAUAAUGUGUCAAAUGUUAAAAUGCCUGAGUCAGCUGAACCAUCCAACAACGAAGAUCUUUUCAAGCCCCAAUUAGACAAUAAUGAUAUGAAAAACAGUAAUAAAAGCAUAGAAAGCAAGCGGUUAAAGGAAAGGUUGUCUUGGGCCCAUAAGUCUUUCUCAAGCCUUUUUGACUUUAAAAAUCUAGAGAAAGAAAAUGCUGCUCAAAACUUGGAGUCUGUCACCAAAGAUGAAAAGAAAGGUAAGAUGAGACCUCAUCAGAUGUCAUGGAGAGCCUUACGAAAGAACAAGGAAAGAGACUCAAUGAAAAGACUUAGUGUAUUAACCGUGUCCCCACAUGUUAUCAGCCCAAGCAAACCACAGAAGGAAUCUAAAGACAAAAUUGUACCGUACAGCGAGAAUCAUUCAUCAGUGGUCCCAGACUUACUAAUCAGUUCUCCAGCAGAAAUUAAAGAUGGCAGCCACAACGAACACAAUGAUGACCAUGUGGUGCCCACCUCAGCAGAAACUGCAAUUGAGGAUAUUGAAAUAAGAAGUUCUGCUAAGUGUGGCGCCACUGUAAGUGCAAGGAAUUCAUUUGAUCAGUCUAUGAACUGCACAAAAUCUAUUCCAAAUGAGCUUUCAAUGAUGAAACAGUCAUCAAGUAUGUCCUAUGCAAACAUCUUCUCAAGUUCUGACCUUAACUCAAUGCCUUGUCGACCCAUGAGUCCAAAACCACAAACCCAAUGGCCUAACUAUCAGCGAAAAAGCCUUCGGAAUUCCAGGACCAGUGCCACCUCUAUGACUUCAUUAGGAAACUCUUCUCCACUGGAUGGCUAUUUGGACUCAACAGAAUCGUCCAUGAUAUUUAAACCAUGGAUGAUAAAUUCCAUAGAGAAUGAGGCCCUUAAGGAGGACAGUGGGAUUAGCAGCCAGUCCCAAGCCAGCAUCUACAUGGCUUCUUCAACUAGUGACAUACUAAAGGAAGAUGAUACUAGACUACAAGGCCAAACAACACCUAUAAAGAUGCAGAGGGAGAAAGUCCUUCAGAAGAAGAAAACCUCUGAGUUUCUGGUGUUCACAUUCCCCGAAACGGACACAAGUAAAAUCUCCACACUGCCCACGCUGACGUCAGUGGAACAGGCGAAAGACCCAGAGAAAAGAAAUACUAAAUCGCUGUUUAGGAGCCUCAGCUGUGAUGACCUGUGGGUAAAUCAGAGAAAGCAGGAGAUGCGAGUAGACAAGACAGAAAGCACAACUCAAGGAGAGAGUCACAUGAACAAUCAGUCUCAAGCAAGAAUGAGUAGGAGCGGGUCUGCUGCACCUUGUGACAUAUUUCGCAUUCGACCAUUGAAGAUACACUCGUUUUCCCAGAGCACUCCAUCCAGGCUGGAUCUCGUGGGCUGUGUCAGGCGCAUAACAUUCCCUGUAAUUACGGAUGGCUCGCUUGACAGACCGUCUCUCACUGAUGACAUGGGGAGCGAUGAAGACUUGUAUGAUGACCUGCAUGUAUCCAGUCAUCGUUAUGGUGGAGGAGGAGAACAGCUAGCAAUAAAUGAGCUGAUAAGUGAUGGCAGUGUGGUGUAUGCAGAAGCCCUAUGGGACCAUGUCACUAUGGACGAUCAAGAACUGGGCUUCAAGGCUGGCAGCGUCGUUGAAGUAAUGGAUGCCACCAACAAGGAGUGGUGGUGGGGGCGCAUCACGGACAGUGAAGGAUGGUUUCCAGCAAGUUUUGUAAGACUUCGUGUGAACCAGGAUGAGCCUUUGGAAGACUACACCAGUAGGCCGGGAGACAAAGAACAAGAUGCCAAGAACCUCUUCAGGCGUCACACUUUUGGGCAAACUAACAAAGAUCAAAUGAGGACCAACGUCAUAAAUGAGAUUUUAAAUACAGAGAAGGAUUACAUCAAGCAUUUAAAGGAUAUAUGUGAGGGCUACAUCAAGCAGUGCCGUAAACGGGCCGACAUGUUCACAGAGGAACAGCUUUGGACAAUUUUUGGAAACAUUGAGGACAUCUACAAAUUUCAGAAGAAAUUCCUGAAAACAUUAGAAAAGAGAAUCAUCAAAGAUGCUCCUCAUCUGAGUGAGAUCGGCUCCUGCUUCCUUCAAUAUCAAAAUGACUUUCAGAUUUAUUCUGAAUACUGCAACAACCACCCAAACGCCUGCACGGAGCUCUCCAAACUAAGCAAGGUCAAAAAGUAUGGCUACUUCUUUGAGACUUGCCGUCUGGUACAGAAAAUGAUUGACAUCUCUCUUGAUGGUUUCUUACUGACACCUGUGCAGAAAAUCUGCAAAUAUCCCCUGCAGCUUGCUGAGCUACUGAAAUAUACCAACCCUCAACACAGGGAUUUUGCUGAUGUUGAAGCUGCAUUAAACGCCAUGAAAAAUGUUGCUAAACUGAUCAACGAGCGAAAGAGAAGACUGGAAAACAUCGACAAGAUAGCCCACUGGCAGAGCUCCAUAGAGGACUGGGAGGGUGAAGAUAUCCUGACAAGAAGCUCAGAACUUAUUUAUUCAGGUGAAUUAACAAAAUUCUCCCAGCUUCAAUCAAAGGGGCAACAGCGGAUAGUGUUUCUCUUCGAUCAUCAGCUUGUGUACUGUAAAAAGGAUAUUCUACGACGGGACAUCUUGUAUUACAAGGGCAAGAUCAACAUGGAUGAGAUGGAAGUCAUUAACUUAGAGGACGGCAAAGACAAGGACUUUAACAUUACUGUGAAAAAUGCCUUCAAGCUGCAGAGUAAAGUCUCUGAGGACGUUCAUCUGUUUCUGGCCAAGAAGCCGGAGCAGAAACAGCGCUGGUUGCAAGCAUUUGAGGAAGAGAGAAGACAGGUGCUGCAAGAUGAGCAGACAGGUUUCAGCAUCAGUGAAAUACAACGAAAGCAAGCAAUGAUGAAUGCGAAUAAACCGCGUCUCUCAGGAAAGCCAAAAGCCAUUAAUAGGACAUACUAUGAUUUCUGGAUGAGACAGAAGCAUCCCACAUUGCCUGCCAACCUCCCACAGCAACAAGUCUUCAUGCUUGCUGAACCCAAGCGCAAACCCUCCAAUUUCUGGCAAAACAUCAGCCGUCUGACUCCUUUUCGAAAAUAAAGGACCUUUUUGUGAUCUGCUCUUGCAUCCUGUACAAAGAAAGCACUUUACCCACAGUUGACAAAGUGCCCGUGCCUGGGACUCCUACUUUAUCCUUCUACAGGGCAUGGCGCUAGCUAGUACAUUACUCGAUAUUUAUUUUUUAGAAAUUGGACAUAUUUUACAUGUUCUCUGUUGUUGCCUCUGAUCAUCCGGAAAGUCUUGUAGUUUACCUCCGAGUUUUUUUUUUUUUUGUUCUGUAAUGUAAUGAAAUGUAUUGUUGUUUUUGUAAUGUUUACCAGAUGAAUAUUUGAACUCACACUGAAUCUUUACAUUGAAUACUCAGAACUGAGUCGCUGUAGUUGACAAUGAGUUAACAAAAUGUAUAUAACCUAACAGGAUAUUAAACUUUAUUUCAAGGUGAAGAGAAUGCUAUGUUGAAGAGCACUAUUAUAGAUGAGGCCUAUAUUUUUUUCUGUAUGUUGAUAGACUAUACCUGAACGUGACUAUGGAGGCUGCAUGGACAACAGAUUCACAAUAUAGGUUAGCAGGAUAGGACUCCUAUGAGUGAAUCCUGAUUACCCCACCCACACCUAAUGGUUGACAGCUUUCCCUGUACCAGCGUGUGUAGAACAAAGGCUGUCAAUCGUCCAGUGUGGGCGGGUCAUCAGGACUCUCACUGUUUCUCCUAGGAGUCCUGUGUGGAUUUACUCUGCAUUUUACUCAAAAAUUAUUCUCUAAAUAAUACAGUAUAAACGUAUAAAUCACAAAGCGCUAUUAAAUCCUGCUCCCAGACAGGGCAGCAGAAAUCAUCUGUCAGGUUCAUUGUAGACGAGUCUUUUGCAGCCCUAUUGAAAUGAAUAGGUCCGCAUGCGAUCCGCCAAAAAUGUAGAUUGGAUACAGACCGAACAUACGGUCGUGUGCAUAAGCCCUAGGACAUGAAGAAAAACAUCCUAGGCCCAAGUGGCCUGCAAAAUGUACGAUAACCAGUGUCUUACCUGCCAUAGGCAUUGCUCAGAGAUGUCUCUGAGAUAUUUAUGGGCAAUGGUUUACCGCUACAGGUACUGUCUGGCCACUUCAGUCUGCUGCACUAAAGCACAUAAGAGUGGGGCCAAUCAACAACCAAGAAGACAUUAACUUCUCUGGAAAUAUAAAAACUAUACACACAUCGCCAAAGUUUUCUAAGACCAUUUAAGAGGGUUGUAUACAUUCAACUUCUUCUACCCUCACCACUGAAGUAGUAUACAUACAGCUGGCUUUUCGGAGCCAUGAUGCCCAAGAUGUUGUUAUACUAGUAUCGUAGCCCUAUUAGUAAUGGAAGGCCAUAGAAAUCUGAGGUGGCAUCCAAUGUCCGUAAUUUGCAGUGGAGGUGUGUGAUCCUCCUACAAUGCACAUGUCCUAAUGAACACAAAAGUGAUGACAUCACAAGUCAUAUAUACUGAUGUUUAUAAUAUUUUAAAGCCUGUCUGUGUUAUACAGUGUCCGUCACAAGCCUCAGAUUUUUCUUCUCCUUCUUCCCAGGGAGCGUUGCCCAGCCUAUAAGACUCCCUACACCGGCACAGCCGCUCUCCACAAGCCUCAUUCUUCACACACUUUUUCCUCCUUUUCUAGCAAUCUGUUGUUCCGAAAAGGCAUGAUUUCUUGUGUAGACUUCUCAAGAUUCCUCCUGCUUAGUUGAAGAGCUAUAUAAACAGCAAAAUCCAAGGGCAUCCAUGCCAAACAGGUGGUCUAUGUGGCUGCUCCGGGGCCCCCGGAGGGAGGAUGCCCAUUUCAAGUUGGUUUUGUUACAGUUUUAAUGGGUACUCAUGACUUGGAAAGACAUGUGAUCUUCACAGGUGAUGUAACAUGUUGGUGUCAAGCAGCUCCUGAAAGGAGUCUAAUUUUUAUCUUUACCCUCAUCCUUUAUGUACACUACAGGAAGGGCCUGUGUAGCAGCAUUCUCUUUCAGCACAGAAUUUCCUGUGACCAUUUCAAUAUGCAUAUGAAAAAGGAAAAAACUGGCUGUUUGGCACCAUAAAGUAAAGAAUACACCAAGGGAGGUGUAAUGUAUGCAAAUCAUGCAUGUAGUAGUAUAUGCAGUUACUUUAGUGGACAUAGGCUUUAUAGGGCAUCUGUCAGCAGUUUUGUACCUAUGAAACUGGCUGACCUGUUACAUGUGCGCUUGGUAGCUGAAGGCAU